AGCAUGUCACCCAAAUAUACUAUCAUUAUCAAGAAACUCUCUCCAUAUUGUUACGUAAUAUAUCUAGCUAAACAUACAUAUGUAUCUCAAUUCUCAAUAUAUAUCAAUCAUCAUACAAAAAUUGAGAUUUUCUUAAACCUGGGGCUAGAAUCUUGAAUUGAGAUUCUUUUAGAAAUGAGAUUUCCACCAAGACUAGCCGAAGCACAUACAAAUUCGAAGGUCCUUUCAAAAACAUCAGAUAAAAUUGAAACGAUACAAAGAAAAUUAGAGCAUUCAGUGCAAAAGUGCGGAGCCAGCAUAGAUGUUCAGGCUGGAAAUGUGACGAUAUUUAGUCAAGAGAAGCAACAGAAGCUGAAGAAGUUGUUGAUGAAUGUGAAUAUACAGAACAGUUUGGGGCCGUUACAUGUCGUGAUGUCGUCGGAGAACACUGUCGGGGACUUGAUAAAGGCUGUGAUUGAGAUUUACUUGAAGGAGAAACGGCGGCCAUUGUUACCUAGUAGUGAUGCUCGGUGUUACGAGCUUCAUUAUUCCCAGUUUAGUUUGGACACCGAGGGUCGUCCGGAAACAGCCUCCCUACCUAAGGUAGGGGUAAGGUCUGCGUACACUCUACCCUCCCCAGACCCCAAGUUGUGGGAUUCACUGGGCUUGAAGCCAGAAGAGAAGUUGCUGAAUUUGGAGUCUCGAAGUUUCUUUCUAUGUCCAAAACCAAAUUCAUCUUUCAUGGACAAAGCAAAGGCCACUGCAAAGCUUCCAGUCAUUUUGGCAAAGUUCAUGGAUCUCUUCAUACAAAUUGUCAUAAACCUAAGUAGUUUUUGGCCAAAAUGUCACCCUCACUGGCUUUAAGCAUUAUUUGAACAAACCAUGAUCGCAACCAAUAAUAUUUUCCACAUCAUGUGCAUUUGACACUAUAUAUAUUGUUCUCUUUAUCUCUUUAUCUCUUUUAAGUGUAAUUGAUUCUUGUACUUUUAAUUUUGUGUGAUUACAACUUACAAGUUCUAUAAAGUUGCACGAAAUGGCUAUGGAUUCUCGA